AUGCGUCUCGCCCACAUGCUCUGCGUUCUGGCCCCUAUUCUGCCACGGCAUGUCGUGGCGGAGACGAUUGAUGGCAAAGUAACCCCCCGGGUCAUGAUCAUCUCCAUGUGGACGCCCGAGUCGCACGUUUGGCACAGGCGCUUUCACGAGUCGAGGCUGGGCAAUCUCAGCUCGCUCGCCGUGCCCCUUCCGGGCCUCUCCAUGCUCUUCCCCCACGUCUUCUGCACGGAAGACGGACGUGUCUGCCAGGCGACGGUCGGCGAAGGGGAGAUCAACUCGGCAGUCUCCAUGACGGCCCUCGUGCUCGCCAAGGCUUUCGAUCUUCGUCGGACGUACUUUCUCAUCGCCGGCAUCGCCGGAGUGAAUCCUCGACUGGCCACCAUCGGCAGCGUCGCGCUGGCGCGUUUCGCCGUCCAGGUUGCUCUGCAGUACGAGAUUGACGCCCGGUCGCUGCCGCCAGACUGGCCCACGGGAUACAUUCCCUACGGCCGCCGCCACCCGCUCGAGUACCCUUGCAUCACCUACGGCACCGAGGUGUUUGAGGUCAGCCAACGGCUGCGGGACAUUUCCUUUGAGCUCGCGAGCAGAGCCGUCUUGUCGGACGAGGAGGGGCCCCGCAACUAUCGCGCCAGGUAUGCAGGAAUCCAGGAUCAGUUCGCCAUGGCCACGAGGCCUCCGAGCGUCGUCAAGUGCGACAGCGCGACGAGCGACGUCUAUUAUUCGGGCACGAAGCUCGCCCAGGCGUUUGAGAACACCACCCGCGUUUGGACAAACGGCACGGGCGUCCACUGCAUGAGCGCGCAGGAGGACACGGCCACGCUCGAGGUUCUCGUCCGCGCCGCCGUCGAGGGGCUCGCGGAUUUCUCGAGGGUCAUUCUCAUGCGGUCAGGUACGUGUCGGUGCCGUCGUCGACCGCUGCCGUCGCCGUCGUGCUCACGAGACCACAAAGGUUCCAACUUUGACCGGCCGCCGCCCGACAUGUCGGAUCUGCAGCACCUGACCGGCGUUGACCAAAACGGCAUGUCCAUUGCCGUCGACAACCUAUUCAACGCCGGCAUCGAGAUCGUCAAGAGCAUCGUCGGAGCGUGGAAUUGCACCUUUGGGCGCGGAGUCCCGCCGACCAACUACAUCGGCGACAUAUUCGGGAGUCUCGGCGGGCAUCCAGAUUUUGGCCUGGGCAGCAUCACGAACGGCAAAGUGAUUGCGCCGGCGGGUAAAGGCGGAAACUUGGCCAGGCUGGAGAUGGCUCGUCGCGCAAAGUUUGCUUCGCAGAUGACCAUGCCGUAA